UUGGAAAAGCUAAAGCCUUUUUGCAGGACCGUGCUUGCCCUUUUUCUUUUUUUCGUCUGUACAAUUUUGAAAGAGAGUCAUGGAUCAUCACGAAAAAGUUGAUCAGUUUGUUGCAAUGACGGGCGCUUCUGCCACACAAGCUCAAUUCUUUCUCGAAUCCAGCAAUUGGGACUUGGAGAUGGCAGCUAGUCAGUUUUAUGAUUCAGCCGAAAGCGGAUCGCAAGGUUCUCCUAUAGCAUCGCAAGAAAGCUCUUCAGCAACCGUCGAUCGUGCUUCUCCUCAGCCAUUCACUGCUUCUUCACCCACCGCUGCUGCGACACGUCAGUCACCCAGCAAGAAGCCUUCAUCAAAAAUUCGUACAUUGAACGAUUUGUCUUCCAGCGAAGGUCUUCAUGACGGAUCCGACGACGAUGAACAUGAAAACUUGUAUGCAGGAGGCGAGAAAUCGGGCAUGGUUGUGCAAGGCCCCAAUAAAAAGGGUAACAGUAGCAGUAUCAUUGACGAGAUCCUAAAGAAAGCGGCAGCUGGUGGCGCACCCCCCGAGGAAGAGUCUUCCAGUGCUGCCAAGAAGCCCACUUAUUUUACGGGCUCCGGUUACAAGCUGGGAAGUGAAGAGGAACCUUCCAGUGUGAUCAGUGCGGGCAUUCCCAGUCAGUUUGCCGAAGAGGAACCAGAACCUGUGACUCGAUAUCUCACAUUCUGGCGAAAUGGAUUCAGCGUGGACGAUGGUCCUUUGUUACGUUAUGAUGAUCCAGCCAACAAGUCCAUGUUGGCCGCCAUCAACAGCGGUCGUGCGCCGCUUUCUUUGUUAAAUGUUCGUCAUGGUCAGCCUGUGGAUGUUCGUGUGGCUCGACGACAAGAUGAAGAUUAUAUUCCUCCUCCCAAGGCACCUCCAAAACCUUUCGAAGGCGCAGGUCAUCGCUUAGGUAGUCCGGCUGCUUAUACACCUCCUCCAUCAGCACCGGGCGCUUAUCCUCACGAAGAAGCCUCCUCCUCUUCUUCCUCGUCUCAGGUCUUACCUGAAGCCGAUCCGUCGCAGCCCACUACCUCGGUUCAAAUUCGUCUUGGCGAUGGUUCAAGAUUGAUUGCAAAACUAAACCAUACGCAUACAGUGGGUGAUCUUCGGCGGUAUAUCGAAGCAUCGCGUCCGGGACAAAGAGCCUAUAUUCUUCAAACCACGUUCCCUGUCAAGGAAUUAAAAGACAACAACCAGACUUUGAAGGAUGCGGGAUUAUUAAACAGUGUCGUCGUUCAACGUUAUCAAUAAAUAGCACAUGA